AGCCGAACUUGACUUACAUCACCCGCCAUCCCUCGGUUUAGGACGAGAGAGCCCCCUCGUUGAGCCGGCCGUCCUCAAUCCCUUCAUCUCUAGUCCCUUUCCAAAUCCAGGAAUUGACUCCUCGUAACACUUCCUUUGGCUCUCUCAAUUAUUCGCAAUGAGGUCAUCUAUCUCAAUACGUCCAUUGCGGCGAGCGCUGGCGCCGUCAGCCUCAAUACAGCUUCCCCUCGCCGUCUCUCGGCUUUACUCGACACACCCUCCGAAUGCGAAGCUCAACAUUCCCGUCGACUACGCGACGACCUCGCUACUCGCACACUCCUCCCAGACAGCCCUCAGCACAGCAGACCUUCCGGAGGAGGUACGAAAUGGCACGACAAAGAAGAUGAACCUGUUCCAAGCCAUCAAUGACGCCCUCUCAAUUGCGUUGGCGGAGGAUGACUCCGUCAUGGUGUUUGGCGAAGACGUAGCCUUUGGUGGUGUCUUUAGGUGCACGAUGAAGCUGGCCGAGACAUACGGUGCCGAUCGUAUCUUCAAUACACCUCUCACAGAACAAGGUAUCAUGGGAUUCGCCAUCGGAGCAGCGGCGGAGGGUAUGCGGCCAGUCGCGGAGAUCCAGUUUGCUGACUACGUCUACCCGGCAUUCGAUCAACUGGUCAACGAAGCGGCCAAGUACCGGUAUAGAGACGGAGCGUGUGGUCGCAGCGUGGGCGGACUAACUGUGCGAAUGCCCUGCGGCGGCGUCGGCCACGGCGCCCUAUACCACUCUCAGUCACCCGAGAGUCUGUUCACUCACAUUCCUGGCUUGCGAGUGAUAAUGCCCAGAUCUCCUCUUCAGGCCAAGGGUCUAUUGCUAGCAGCCAUCCGCAGCAACGACCCCUGCAUCUUCAUGGAGCCCAAGAUUCUGUACAGAGCUGCCGUCGAACAGGUUCCAGCGGGGGCAUAUACGCUACCUCUGUCCAAGGCGGAAGUCCUCAAGGAAGGCAAGGAUGUCACAAUCAUCUCAUACGGGCAGCCUCUGUACACGUGCAUGUCGGCCAUUCAGCGAGCUGAGGAAGACUUGGGCAUCUCUGUCGAGCUCAUCGAUCUGAGAACACUGUACCCUUGGGAUAAGGAGACGGUGUUCCAGAGUGUGCGUAAGACUGGCCACUGCGUUGUGGUGCACGAGGCCAUGGUAAAUGCUGGUAUUGGAGCCGAAGUUGCUGCUACUAUUCAAGAGGACCCUGACACGUUCCUGAGACUGGAAGCGCCCGUUGCGAGGGUUGCGGGAUGGAGCAUUCACACCCCGUUGUCAUACGAGAGGUUCAACAUUCCGGAUGUAGCAAGGGUCUACGACAAUAUCAAAAGAGUGCUGGACUAUUGAGGCAAUUGCCGGCGGAUCGGGAGAUUCUGGAACGUGGAAGGGCAGGUGCCAAAAUGUAGUACAUACCUAUGAUGAAAACGCGAAUUGUCUUCGGAUAUAUGAGUUCAGUAGAAUUGUAAAAUGUAGAUGCCAUUGCAGUGAUGGAAGCCAGAUUGUUUGGCAGCGUGACGAUGAG